AUGGAUGACGAAGAGGCCCUGACCUACAGUGCGGAGCUUCAGAAAGAAGGACAACGUUCAAGAGAAAUCUGCUAUCAGGAGUUCAUUUGGACAGCUUUUGCUGAGGAGCAGGCACAGGACAAUACAGUUAGUGAAAAGGGUUCUCAACAGCCUGAACCAAUGGCCGACGGGGCCCCUUGUGCAAAGCUCUAUCCUGACCUUUCCCCUUUUGGUGAUAAAGUGGAAGAAAAGCAGGGUCAUAAGACUCUGCUCCAAAAUACCAAUUGGGCUAAAUUUGAAAGCCCACCCCUGCCUUUUUCCGAAAAACCCCAAGCUUUCCCUGUUUCAGCUCCUCUUUUCAGUAAACUCAAACCACUUGAAGAUACAUGGGGAAAUCCCAUAGAUCAACUAAAACCUUCAUUUCAAGCCUACCCUGUUAAUGUUAAUCUGGGGGGCAACAGACCAGCCCCUUGGUAUUCUUGGGAAGCCCAGGAUAUCUGUGCCUUUUAUAAGGAGGAGUGUCAUGCCCAAGUGGAAAGGAAUCAAGCAACCAAUCCUGUCAUCCCAGUUACCUUUGGCAUGUUGUCUGGAACUGCAGAUCAAUAUAGUACAGGAAUCCAACAGGCGGCAAUCUUGCCUCCUUACCAAGACCAAGUCAGGGCUGCCACCUUAGCUUCCUGGGCAAAGCUUGCAGAGGGCCCCAUGGAGCCCCCAAUUGCUGGAAUAACCCAGAGGCCCAAUGAAGACCUCCCUUCCUUUAUUGUUAGGUUCUUUGUAACCACUGGUCUUCUGGAAUCACAAUUAAUUCUCAUAUUUCUCGAAGAUGAUUUAGGGCUUUCUGGAGACAUACUAUGGACUCCUCCGCCAACACCUCACUCCUCCUCAUGGCGGACGCUCCAAGCAGUCGGCACCAAAGCCCCGCGACCUACUCCAUGUGGCUGGAGCACAGGAAUCACCCACGAACACUGGCGAUCUCGCUCCUGGAUGCUGCACCCUGUCAAAAAAGAGCUGAACACCCUGUGCAGCGAGUUACACGUUGAGCCUAUUCGGGAAGAAGGAGAGGCAACAACCUUGCAACUAGAAAAAGAUUUGCACACUCAGGUGGAAUUGAUGAGAAAACAGGAGAGAAAACAGGAUCUGAAGCUACUUCAAGAACAAGACCAAGAACUGUGUGAAAUUCUUUGCAUGCCCCACUAUGACACUGACAGCGCCUCAGUUCCCAGCUUAGAAGAGCUGAACCAGUUCAGACAACACGUGGCAACUUUGGGGGAAACAAGGGCAUCUAGGCAUGAAGAGUUUGUCAACAUAAAGAGACAGAUCAUACUGUGUAUGGAAGAAUUAGAUCACACCCCAGACACAAGCUUUGAAAAAGAUGUGGUGUGUGAAGAUGAAGCUGUCUUUUGUUUAUCUUUGGAGAAUAUUGCAGCACUACAAAAGUUGCCAUGGCAGCUGGAAAUGCAAAAAUCACAAAAUGAAGCAGUGUGUGAGGGGCUGCGUGCUCAAACUCAAGAGCUGUGGGACAGGUUGCAAAUACCUGCAGAAGAGAGAGAAGCUGUGGGCACGGUUAUGACUGGGUCAAAGGCCAAGGUCAAAAACGUGCUGAAGUUAGAAGCGGAUGGGUUGGAAGAACUGAAAAUGCAAAAUAUGAAGAAAAUGAUUGAAGCAAUGAUUGAAGCAAUUUGAAUGGAGCUGACUCAGUACUGGGACCAGUGUUUUUACAGCCAGCAGCAGAGACAAGCAUUUGCUCCUUACUAUUCCGAGGAUGAUACAGAAGAUCUGCUCCAGCUCCGUGAUGCCGAAAUUGUGCAGUUAAGAAAAUACUAUGAAGUUCACAAGGAACUCUUUGAAAGUGUCCAGAAGUGGGAAGAUAGCUGGAGGCUAUUCUUAGAGUUCGAGAGAAAAGCUUCGGAUCCAAGUCGAUUUACAAACCAGGGAGGGAAUCUUCUAAAAGAAGAAAAGCAACAAGCCAAGCUCCAGAAAACACUCCCUAAGCUGGAAGAGGAGUUGAAGGCACGGAUUGAAAUGUGGGAAGAGGAACAUUCAAAGGCAUUUGUGGUGAAUGGGCAGAAAUUCAUGGAGUAUCUGACAGAACAAUGGGAGAUGCAUCGAUUGGAGAAAGAGAGAGCCAAGCAGGAAAGACAGCUCAAGAACAAGAAGCAGACAGAGAUGCUCUAUGGCAGUGCUCCCAGAACACCCAAUAAGCGGUGAGGACUGGCACCCACCACGCCGUGCAAAGUGCGCAAGCUGAACACUACCACCAUAUCCAGUGCUGCAGCCAAUAGCAGCAUUCGGCCUGUCUUCGGUGGGACAAUCUACCGCUCUCCUGUGUCUCGACUUCCUCCUUCUGGCAGCAAGCCAGUUAUUGCUUACCUUACUUGUUCAGGGGAAAAAAAAUAAAUGCCCCGUGCGGGUAGGCCUGGAGCCAACAAGGAGAACCUGGAGCUCAAUGGCAGCUUCCUGAGCGUUGGGUACCCCGACUUGGCCCCCCUCCAGUGCAACUUCAGUAUUAAUUCUGUUGCCAGCACCUAUUCUGAAUUUGCAAAGGAUCCAUCCCUCUCUGACAGCUCCACUAUUGGGCUUCAGCAAGAACUUUCAAAGGCUUCCAAAUCUGAUGCUACUUCCCGAAUCCUCAGUUCAAUCAACAUCCAGUGCUGA